AUGGAUGAGGAUGUGGCUGACCGAAUGACUAGUCUCAAGUUAACGGCUGAGGAGGAAGAAGAUAUUCAGGUCUCUGAGGAGGGACGACUGGAUGAACUCGAGGGUUGUGUUCUGAGUUUGAUAGGAAAGUUCUUAACAUGCAAACCUUUUAACAGGAAGGCAGCAAAGAACAUGCUCCGCCGAGCGUGGGGGUUAGAGAAAGGGUUACAGAUUUCUGAGGUGGGCAGUAAUCUUUUUCAGUUUAAGUUCCAGUCGGAAUACGAAUUAAACCGGAUCUUGAAGGGUGGCCCGUGGACGUUCGACAAUCAACUUCUAAUGCUCACUCGAUGGAGGGCGGGCAUGAGCGCUAACAAUGUAGUCUUGGAGCAUGCCUCACUGUGGGUCCAACUCUGGGGAGUUCCUUUUGACUUGAUGUCUCCUAAAGUGGCGGCAGAGGUGGGAAAUAAAAUGGGGUCGGUUGAGGAUGUGGAGCAUCGACGGCGCACAGAUGACCAGAAGCUGUUCUUGAGAGUUAGGGUGGCCCUUCCUAUAUCCAAACCGGUUCGAAGAGGUGGUUUCUUAUUGGGAUCGGAUGGUAAACGUCACUGGGUUACGUUUAAGUACGAAAGGUUACCUAUGAUAUGCCAUUUUUGUGGAAUCCUUGGUCACGAUCUUCGUCAUUGCCCGGCGCACUUUGCAGCAACUAAGGAGACGAACAAGGUCGACUACCAAUAUGGCGAGUGGCUUAAAGCAGACAGCGGCAGAACCAAAUCUUCGCCACGGCGAAGCAGAGAGAAUCCGACGAGGUUUGAUCCGGUGGGUAGAACUGAUAUACCGACGUCGGAGAAUGAUGAUGAGACGGAAGUGGUGACGGCGGUGACUAGGGUUUCGAAGUACAGGGCAGGCCAGGAUGCUCAGAAUGGAAACUGCGUGAUUGAAGGGAGCGUUGCAGAAUCUCAGGAAAAAAUUUUGGAAGUUAAUGAUACCAUAAAUUCUAAGGAGGGUGAUACGGUGCCGUUACUCACGUUGAAUGAAGCUGGGAACAAAAAUUUAAAUCCUGUGGCCAACGGUAAGUCCAAUAUGGAUAACUCUAGAUUGGGCCAGGCAGAGGCGAAGCCCAAUAAGCCAACACCAACGUGGACAAGGUUGAAUAGAAUGGAUACUGGGCCUUUAGUGUCAUCUAAUACUAAUUUAAAGUCCAUUAUGGGUAAAAGAGGGCUGGAAGAGUUUUUGUUUGAAGAUGAUUCCAGAGAGGCAGAACCUAUGUCUUCAAAACGUUCUAAGGGUGACAAGGAAGAUGGAAAACCAGACAACACAGCGGCGGGGGUGGAUGACCACCCUUGCCGGGAGCAAUAA